AUGAUGAAAAGAUACAACUUAAAAUAUUGUUGUGACGACGUUAGUGUUUUUCCCAGUAGUACCUUAAUAAACCAUGAUAAUAAUAAAUUCAGUGAAUAUUUUGGAUUAACGGCUAUUUCAACGUACCAACUAAAAAAUAAAGAACCGAAUGAAGAACCCAAAAAAAAAGGAAAAAUCUAUUUAUUCGGACUUAACCAAAAUAUAAAAGAUGAUGAUAAUAAUAAUUGUGAAAUAGAUUACUAUUUAGAAUAUAAAAAGAACAUCAAUUUUCAUAAUGGAGUUCUUCAAUCGAAUUAUAUAUUUACUAAUGAUAAGCUAUAUUUAGGAAGUGUAUGUGUAAAUGGUUUUUACUUGUCUGACCUUAAAGAGGAGACUUAUGAAAAAUUGUUAGAAACGUCUAAAGAAAAAAACAACUCGGGGUUAUCAUUUGAAGCGUUUGACAAUAAGCCUGAAAAAAUAUGUAUAUCUUUUAGUAAUGGAGAUAUGUGUUUGCUGGUCCAUGGUCAACAAGAAAAAAUAUGGAAAGCACACGAUUAUCAUGUAUGGAGUUGUACAUUCAACGGAAACGAAAAUGUAAUAACAACGGGCUCGGAUGAUUGUUCUUUUGUUAUUUGGGAUUUAAGAACUACCACUAUUUCGCAGCAAAAUAAAAAAUCUCACACUCAAGGAAUUACGG